CGCUACUUCAGGACCAUGUUAGUAGAGCAUUAGCCAUUGAACAAAUAACAAACUGUAUCGUUAUCUCAAAUAUUUAAAUGAGCAAGCCGAUAAUGGUCUCGCAAAACGCGGAACCCCAGCUACACAAGUUUGAUACUUUCGAAUUUAGAGGACGCUCGAGCUUCUCUCAUCAUGAUUUGGAUUACAAGAUGAAGAUGCUGCAACUUACUUUGGUGUACCGCCGUUCAGUGAUAGAGGAUCGACCGCUUCCAGUCAACCAGCCGAACCGGCAUUCUGUUGCCCAGGAGACAUUUGCUAAAGCUAAAACAUUUGCCAUUGGUCAACCAUUCCAUCUGCCGAAGAUUCUAGCGGUGGAACCUAAACUGAAGCCGGAAGUGAAGCCCGAAGAACCGAAGAUAUCAAAGGGAGACGCCAGUAGCGCAACGUUGCCAUCGAAUCCACAGCACAGUAAAGUUCAACGCUUGGUUCGAUUGUUUGAAAAUACUGCCAGCACCGUUCCGAAGAAUUGUGCUCCUUCCAACGAGAUUCGGAACAAGUUGUCGUCGUCGAAGCGGCAACCGGUAUCUAAACCAGUCAUCAAGGAACCAUGCAAAGAGAAGGAAUUACAAGAGGGCGAAAUCACUAAAAAAGCCGAGAAAAUAACACCGAAUGAUGAGGAGAUAAGAGCUGAGUUGAAGCAACGUCGAAAGGAUACCGAUUUUCCUUAGCUUUUGUAGACUGGUGUCUAUGUGUGUAUGUAUUAUAUGAAUUAUCAAAUAAGCAAAUAAUAAAUAUAUUUAGAAGUAUACUA